AUGCAGACGCUCGAGAUGUGGGACGUGCAGAGAGGACCUUGGCAGAUCCUCUUCCAUCAUAGCGGUGACCCGGUUCCUGUAAGCAUAGGCAGGGUUACUGUUCACGAGGUGAAGCCUUUCAGGAGCGACGUAGCCGAUGUCCAUAUCCCGUCAUCCAUGGAUCUGUGCAACACUGCCGAGACGUCUCAGCUUGAUUGGGCAGAAAAAAUGUCCGCGCUAUUCGAGUGGGUCGGGAUGGCUUGCCUUGGUGCACAACGUUUGAAAGCGAAUGAUAGAGUCGAUCCGUACGUGGCGGUGUACACCCCGCCUACGCCUUCUCGUGUAGGGGACAUCACUUAUAUGCGGUGGACCGGGCUGCUGACACCAGAGUUCGUCCAAUCGGUCAUCGAUACCUCUAUCGUGAAAUUGUCCGCCUCCUCGUCCCUCAUUUCCCUGACGAUGCACGGUGUCCCGUCCUCACCUGUAGCAUAUCUCCGGCCUGCCCCAAGUCUCACUGCGCCCUUGCGUGCUCCCAGGCCGGAAUCUGAAGAUACAUUGUGUCUGAUCCUAUCGAGCGAAAAGGAAGGGCCCCGAGGGGAAAAGUUGACGUGGGCCUUGGCGAAGAGCAUCGGGCAGUGGGACAUGCAGUGGGGCUAG